UUUUUAAAACAAUAUAUAUUCUUCCUUUAAAAAGCUCCGAUUUCGUUAGUUCACAGUUUUAAGCAAUCUCGUUGUAUCAGUCGUACGAGUGAAUAAUCUUCCCGAUCAGAUCCAAUCAAAUCCCAAAAAUGGAGAGAGGUGGUUACCGAGGAGGUCGUGGUGAUGGCCGUGGCAGAGGCGGCGGAGGCCGUGGUGACGGCGGUGGUGGAGGUCGCGGUUACGGCGGCGGAGGAGGAGGAGACCGUGGUCGUGGCUAUGGCGGUCGUGGUCGUGGCUCCGACCGAGGCGGCGGUGGCGGAAAUCGUGGGCUGGGUUCCGGUGGUCGUGGUGGUGAUUAUGACCGGGAUCAACAGGAUUUCCGAAGCCAGAGUCAGUGGGGACCACCGUCGGGUGGCCGUGGAACACAAUCGCAGCAACCUCGACCACCGGCGGUUCAACAGCCGCCGCAACCUCAAGUGAGUCCCGCCGUUGCAGCAGGAAGCGUAUGGGGUCGUAGGCCACAAGUUUCUUCUGACACGGCGGUUCAACAAUCGACGGUUCAACGACCACCGCAGGCUCAACUGAGCCCCGCCGUUGCAGCUGGAGGCGCGUGGGGUCGUAGGCCGCAGGUUUCGUCGAACACGGCGGUGUUACCUCCUCCUCCGUCCACCGUCGUGGUUUCUGAACCCGCUCGUGGUUCUGAAGUUAAGAAACCGAGUACAUCUAUGCAAGUUGCUUCCUCUUCUAAGAAAGAGCCGAUGAAGCGUCCAGAUAAAGGCGGUGUUGUGGCUGUCCGGCGUGUAAACCUCUUUGUCAACCACUUCAGAGUGAAUUUCGAUCCUGAGAGUGUCAUAGGACACUACGACGUUGAAAUCAAAGGAGAGAAUCCUACCAAGAAGGUAUCAAGAUUCGAGCUAGCUAUGGUUAGGGACAAGGUGUUCACCGACAACCCCGGAGAGUUCCCGUUCGCCAUGACUGCAUACGAUGGUCAGAAGAACAUUUUCAGCGCGGCUAAGUUGCCUACAGGGUCAUUCAAGGUGGAUUUUCCGAAAACCGAUGAGACGAGAGCUCGAAGCUACACGUUCACCAUCAAGCAGGUGAAUGAGCUUAAGUUCCGUGACUUGAAAGAGUAUAUGUCAGGGGGCUCGUCUUUAAAUCCCCGUGAUGUGUUGCAAGGAAUGGACGUUGUGAUGAAGGAGCAUCCUUCAAAGUGUAUGAUAACAGUUGGUAAAAGCUUUUUCACUCGUGGAACUGAGCGGGACGAGGACUUUGGCUUUGGUGUUGCAGUUGCAAAAGGUUACCGACACACUCUAAAGCCCACGGCACAAGGCUUGUCGUUGUGCUUGGACUACUCCGUGUUGGCUUUCCGGAAGGCAAUGUCGGUCAUUGACUAUCUGAAGCUGUACUUUGGCUGGUCUGAUUUCAGUCGGUUUUGGGAUUGUAGACAUGAUGUGGAGAAUGAGUUGAAUGGGUUGCAAGUCACUGUCACGCAUCGAAAGAACAAGCAGAAGUUGAAGAUUGUAGGACUGAGUAAGAAAGAUACAAAAAAUGAAACAUUCGAUCUUAUAGAUCAAGAGGGCAAUGAUCCGCCGAGGAAGAUAUCCAUUGUUGAGUAUUUCAGGAUAAAGUACGGGAGAGACAUUGUUCACAAGGAUAUUCCUUGCUUGGAUCUGGGAAAAAACGGACGGCAGAAUCUCGUGCCCAUGGAGUUCUGCGUUUUGGUUGAAGGACAGAUUUAUCCAAAGGAAGGCUUGGAUAAAGAUUCAGCCUUGUGGUUGAAAAAGCUUUCCCUAGUCAAUCCACAACAAAGGCAGACGAAUAUACUUAAGAUGAUACGGUCUGAUGAUGGACCCAGCGGUGGAGAAAUCACUGGGAACUUUGGAAUGAAAGUUGAUACAAAGAUGACACCGGUCGAAGGUCGUGUUCUCAAGGCUCCGGCGUUAAAGUUGACAGAGAAAGGCAGAGCAGUCCGGGAGGAACCGAACCCGAGACAGAACAACCAGUGGAACCUUAUGAGGAAGGGAGUCGCUAGGGGUUCAAUUGUCAAGCACUGGGCUGUUAUUGACUUCACUGCGUCUGAGAAUUUCAACAGGAUGCCUAAUGACUUUGUGGAUCAACUGAUGAAACGGUGUUGGACACUUGGGAUGCAACUGGAGCCUCCCAUCAUUUACAAGUCAUCAAGAAUGGACACGCUUGGUAACGCUAAAGCUCUUGAGGAACUGCUUCGACAAGUGAUUGACGAGGCUAAUCGUAAGCAUAGUGGGGCUCGCCCAACUUUUGUUCUGUGUCCUAUGUCUCGAACACACGACGGCUACAAGACUCUGAAAUGGAUAGCUGAGACCAAACUUGGUCUGGUGACUCAGUGUUUCUUGACAAACUCCGCCAAUAGAGGAGGUGAUCAGUACCGUGCGAAUCUCGCCCUCAAGAUCAACGCAAAGGUUGGUGGAAGCAACGUCGAGCUGAUGGAUACUUUCUCUUUCUUCAGCAAAGAAGAUCAAGUCAUGUUCAUUGGCGCUGAUGUAAAUCACCCUGCUGCUCACAACAAGAUGAGCCCGUCCAUUGUUGCUGUUGUUGGUACUCUAAACUGGCCCCAAGCUAACCGUUACGCAGCUAGAGUCAUCGCGCAGCCUCACCGUAAAGAGGAGAUACAAGGGUUUGGUGAUACAUGCUUGGAGCUUGUCAAAGCUCAUUAUCAGGCCACCGGAAAACGCCCUAACAAGAUUGUGAUAUUCCGCGACGGUGUCAGCGAUGGUCAGUUCGAUAUGGUUCUCAAUGUGGAGUUGCUUGAUGUGAAGCUCACUUUUGAAAAGAACGGGUACAAUCCGAAGAUAACUGUGAUCGUGGCUCAGAAACGCCAUCAAACACGUUUCUUCCCUGCCACAAGCAACGAUGGAAGCGAUAAGGGCAAUGUGCCUUCGGGUACGGUCGUGGAUACAAAAGUCAUACAUCCGUUUGAGUAUGAUUUCUACCUCUGCAGUCACCACGGAGGGAUCGGUACAAGCAAGCCGACUCAUUACUACACGCUUUGGGACGAGCUCGGGUUCACUUCCGAUCAGAUUCAGAAGCUCAUAUUUGAGAUGUGUUUCACUUUCACUCGUUGCACCAAGCCUGUCUCUCUUGUUCCUCCGGUCUAUUAUGCUGACAUGGUUGCCUUUAGGGGAAGAAUAUACUACGAAGCGAGCUCACGGGAGAAGAGCUUUAGGCAGCCACGGGGAGCUUCUUCCUCUGCUGGUUCGCUUGCUUCCUCGCUUUCGUCUCUGACAAUGGAGGACAAAGCCGUCUUCAAGUUGCACAAAGAGCUUGAGAACGUUAUGUUCUUCGUCUGAGAAAGAAAGAAGGUUUGGGUUAUUUUGGUGUUUUUGGGUUCCUAAAGCUGAACUUACGAUACUAAUAUUGAAAAUCGGAAUGCCCCAAUAACGCAGUUUUACUCCUUUGCCUGGUAGGAAGGAGUUUGUGCGUGAAUCUAAUUGGGUUUCUUUUGCAGUGUGUGUUUCUUUCUCUUUCUUUGUAUUUGGUGGUUUGUGUUUGGUAUUGUAUUGCUCUUUAGAGCAGAGACUCGUGUUAUGGUAUUUUGGUUUGGUAUUGUAUUGCUCUUUAGAGCAGAGACUCAGGUUAUGGUGUUUAGUUAUAAUUAAGACUCUGGAUUCAGUAA